ACCAGAAAUACGAGUGUUGAUUGGCACUACUAGGUUGAAUGCAACAUCGUGUUCAAGUUACUCCCUCGACGCACUCACAGACUCAGUGUCACUCAUCGGGUCGAACAUGCAGGCUGUCCGCAAAAGAGUUCCCUUCGCAUUCAAAUCAGAAGACGGCCGGGACGAUCAAGUAGUCCUGGAUGAGCAGGAGCAGGCUCAGCUUGUUGAGGAGAUCAAGGUCCAUAAUGCUGCCUCCAACGAGCAUAACCGAAAAGCCUUGCAAGUGGUGUUAGCCCUAUCCGCUGUCCUGCAUCUCAUAUAUUGGUUCUCUGACCGACGAAGCCCCUUAUUCGCCAUUUUCCCUCCAUCGUCUCAUGAUCAGGCCUCAAACGCGCCCGUCCCUUUCUCUGGCAUCCUUACCUACAUCGCGAUCCUCACCCAUGUCAAUCUUAGCCUCCUAGUUCAUCCGCGCCACGUCGUCAUCGCCGGAUGGGCAGUCCGCCCUAUCGGGUUCGCGGAAACAUUCGCAUGGUCUGCGAUUUGUCCCAUCGUGACCGUAUACACGGGUAAAGCCUGGCAAACCACUGCAUGGUGGUGCAUCUCAGCAGUUAUGACCUGCGCCAUAUACGUGGUCCAUGGGUGGAUCCAGAAGGCGGACAAAGAUGUGACAGAACUAGAGAAUCUGCAGUAUCGAGCUCCCGGCGCAUGAAGUAAUGACUCCGUGGUCUUUGUUUCACAGAUCCCUGACAGCACAUGUAUUUUAAAAGCACUUUAGAUCCAACGCAGGUUCUGGUCA